AUGCGACGGAUCCUUCCUGUCGUCGCUGCCACGCAGGGCCUCGGUGUGGCUCGCUGUGCCCCAGCGACGCCUGCGUUGCAGCAGCGGCGCAAACAGUCAGACGUCCCUGCACGACGGCAGUUGCACGAAAAUGACAAUUUUUUCAGCGGUGCAUCGGCGAUGUAUCUGGAAACUUUAUACCAGAGCUGGAAGGCGGACAGGAGCUCCGUGGAUCCCUCAUGGGACGCCGUUUUUGGCGCAAGGGAGAUGCAGUCGUACGACACACCGAUUCUGAGUUCGGCUAUUCGUGUCCUGCCAACGACGUUGGAGGACCCUGUUGCUGUGCAGCAGUCGCUAAAGGACUGCGGACGGCUGACGUGGAUGAUUCAGGCCUUUGAGGAUCGCGGCCACCUUCUAGCCUCCACCGAUCCCUUGGACUACAACAACAAGGGACCGCUUGGCCGCGUCGCAUCGUGUAAUCGUAAGGAUAUGCUGCGCCUUGAUCCUGCCUACUUUGGGUUCACACCAGAUGACUAUAACCGUGUGGUGCGGGUCGGUUUUCAGGAAGAGGUGAAUGGUGUGCUAAGCACCAGCUCCCGUCCAAUGACAGUCAGGGAACUAUAUGAAUACCUCACCAUGCGUUUCUGUGGCACCGUCGGUUUUGAGAUGUCGCACAUUGUGGACAGAGAGACAAGUCGUUUCCUGCGCGAAGUGGUGGAGUCGGAUGGGGCUUACAAUCCCUUGCACCGCGCUCUCACUAAGGAGGAACAGACGUGGGCCUGGGACCUUGUCGCCUCCUCCGUCUACUUUGAGGAUUUUUUUAAGCGCAAGUACUCGACCCAAAAACGGUUCGGUUGCGAUGGGGCGGAGUCCGUUGUUCUUGGCCUGCGCGCCCUCAUGGAGGCUUCCUCCAGAAAUGGCGUGGAGAGGGUGCACAUGUGCAUGGCACAUCGAGGUCGCCUCAAUGUCCUCUACCACGUCAUUGGCAAGCCGUUCCCUGUGAUUUUGAAGGAGUUUGUCGGAAUCACAGGACCCGAGUUGGAGCCGUACAAGAUGCAGUCGGACGUGAAGUACCACCUGGGUGCACGAUCUACGAUGAAGAUGCGGGAUGGAAAGACCAUAAUCACGGAGCUGCUACCCAAUCCAUCGCACCUUGAGGCGGUGAACCCGGUUCUACAGGGAUAUACAAAGGCCGUACAAACUUCAAUGGGUGAGAAAGGAGCCUCCGCCGUGUUGCCGGUUGAGAUUCAUGGUGACGCUGCCUUCAGUGGUCAGGGUGUUGUCUUCGAAACGAUGUGCGUAAGCGAGGUUGACGGCUUCUCUACAGGAGGCACUGUGCAUGUGGUGGUGAAUAAUCAAAUUGGUUUCACCACGGAGCCCAUGUGCUCACGCAGCAGCGCCCACUGCACAGACUUGGGGCGUGUCUUUCAAUGCCCCAUUUUACACGUUAAUGGGGACUCGCCUGAGGAUGUCGUUCGGGUAUUUGAGUUUGCUGCAGAUUUUCGGGCCAAGUUCAAAAAGUCCAUCGUCAUUGAUCUCGUUUGCUACCGUCGGUUUGGUCAUAAUGAGAAUGACGAUCCGACCAUUACGCAACCUCUCCUGUAUAACCGUAUCAACGCCGUGGGGGACUUGUUCAGGAGGUACUCUGAAAAGUUGAUUGAGGCGGGAGUCAUCACGUCGAAGCAGCAGACAGCGAAGGCCAUCGCAGAAAAGGAACGAUAUGGCAAAUAUCAGGCAGAGGCAGCUAAGGUGCAUUACAGCAGUUUCCUCACGUCCUGCAUCCCCGAUAAGUGGAAGUGCCUGAAGCACUCCGAUCAGUUGGGUGAUGUCAAGCUGGAGCCAACAGCUGUUGCUGGCGAAGAAUUUAAGCCUGUGAUCGAUGCACUUAAAGUGUUGCCAGACGGCUUCGUUGUGCAUCCCAAGUUGAAAUCCGUGCUGGAUCGCCGUAUUGAAACCUUGGAAAAGGGUGAGGGAAUCGAAUGGGGAGCGGCAGAGGCGUUGGCGUUCGGGUCUCUUGUGUUAGAAGGUACAAAAGUGCGUCUGAUGGGGCAAGAUGUGGAGCGGGGGACCUUUUCCCAACGUCAUGCCGUCUUGCACGACCAGAAUAAGAUACGCACUUACACCCCUCUUGCGCACAUAAGCAAAGAUCAAGCCCCGUUUGUUGUCAACAAUAGCCCUCUCAGUGAGUACGGCGUGCUUGGCUACGCGGCUGGUUACUCCCUCUUCGACCCUAACUCUCUCGUGGUGUGGGAGGCACAGUAUGGCGAUUUUGCAAACGGUGCCACCAUUAUCUUUGAUCAGUUCAUCUCUGCUGGGGAGUCCAAGUGGAACCAGCAGCAGGCUAUCGUGGUGUCACUUCCGCAUGGCUAUGACGGGAGGGGCGCAGAACACAGUAGUGGGCGUAUUGAACGCUUCCUGCAGGCCGUUUCGGAGGACGUCGCGACCCCGGCGUACUCCAUUGAGGAACGUGCUCACCGUGUGAACAUGGAGGUUGUGUAUCCCAGCACCCCCGCACAGUACUUCCACCUUUUGCGGCGACACGUGCGACGGGACUUCCGUAAGCCGCUUAUUCUCUUCUUCUCUAAGAAGUACCUUCGCUCCCCGAACGAGUCCACAAUGGAGGAGUUCACAUCUGGCAAGUUCCACCCCGUCAUUGGGGACGCAUCUGUGCCGCCAGAGAAGGCGCGUCGGCUCGUGAUGUGCACUGGACAGCUGUACCACACUCUCAAUGGCUACCGCAGGAAAAACGGGAACACAGAUGUGGCGCUUGUUCGCAUCGAGGAGCUCUCGCCAUUCCCUGUGGCGGAGGUGCAGAAGCUGCUCCAGGACUACAGCAAUGCCGAGCUGAUGUGGGCACAGGAGGAGCCAAGGAACCAGGGUGCGUUCUACCACGUGGAGCCGCGCGUUGAGCUCUACACGGGCGGACAACGCGAGUUGAAGUACGCCGGUAGAGAGAUCAGCGCGUCGCCGUCAACCGGGUACAAGAGUGUGCACGAAGCUGAGGAGCUCCACAUUUGCGAGGUUGUCUUUGAGUAG